AAUGAACAAUUUUGGGGCGUAUUCGUACUGGGCGGGCUUGGAGUUGAACAAUUUACACAAUAAUCCGCCGGAGUUGGAGAAUUUGGAUGCCUCCGCAAAGUUUAGGUACCCCAUGUUAUUUAAUGGGAAUUUGGGGAAAAAUGAGGUGAAUAACGAAGUAAAAAGCGAUGAGAUGGUCGAGAGUAAGCAUAACAUUAAUAAUAAAGUGGAAAAAAGUCGGCCUUUUUCCUGCGAUCUGUGCGGAAAGUCGUUUUUACUCAAACAUCACCUAACCAGCCACACUAGGACUCAUACCGGUAUUAAGCCACACAAAUGCGAGCAAUGCGGGAAAAGCUUCACACACAAACAUUGCUUGAACACCCAUAUGUUGCUGCAUUCAAGCGAAAGACCCUACGAAUGUAAAGAAUGCAAAAAAAGCUUUACGUUGAAACACCAUCUGAUUUCACAUGGACGAGUACAUAAAAGAGCAAAACCAUUUGUAUGCAUUGAGUGUGGACAAAGCUUUCCUCUCAAAAGACAUCUAAUAACUCAUGGUAAAUUCCAUGCUGGGGAGCGACCUUUUUUGUGCACAGAAUGCGGGGAAUCCUUCGCACAGAAAGAUCAUUUGGUUAUACAUUCCCGAUUCCAUGGCUUUAAAAACUCCUACGCCUGUCCUGAUUGUGGCGCCACCUUCACGCGAAAAUUUGAGUUGGUAAACCAUGGAAAGAUCCAUGGAAAACAACCUUUAUCAUGUCAUAUAUGCCAUAAAGAAUUUCUGCAAAAUCGAACCCUAAUCGCCCACAUAAAGCUUCACACUCACACAAAUCUCAACUUAACCCUCUUAAACACAAUAAAAACGGAAAAAACCCCCAACCCAAAAAAAUAUCAUUGCGACUAUUGUUCAAAGUACUUCAACGCUAAACAUGGGUUAAUUCAGCACCAGAAGAAAAAUCCAGAAGGCGCCUGCGCCCUUAAAACGCACACCUGCGAAAUAUGCAGCAAAAGUUUCUAUCAAAAAAAUCAUUUGUUGUUGCACUGUCGACAGCAUAACUCUAGUCAGAAGGAGACGUUUUAAUAUUUAAUUUUAGGUUAAGUUAUUGUUUUAAUGAUAAUA